AUGGAUAUUCAAGACUGGCAGUUCGAAAGGCUUUCGAGAAGCUCAGUAAAACGAUUACGAGAAGAUGGUAUCGACUUGACUCUUCUUGCUAUUGGAAAUAAGAGAAGAGAGAUAACUUCAGAACACCUCCUACCAGUAGCCUCUUCAAAGGCACCCAGUGCAAACCAAAAGAGAAAAGAAGACGAAGCUACGGAUAAUUCCAAUGUUGCCAAGCAAAGAACACAGAACUUGACUGUAAAAAACAAGAGCAAAGCUUCUAGAACAAGAAAUGUUAAACAAGUUACUCCUGAAGAGAAACCCAAUCUAGUUACUAGUGCUGUUCCCAAGAAGAAGACAUCGGGAAGGAAACCUAGAGUCAAUGUUGAAGCAAAACCAGCCGUUGUUGAUGAUAACCGGACUUACUUAGAAGAAUUAAUAAACAUUAGUGACUCGGAUGUACUUCGAAAAUUGGCUGAAUUUGCCCGGACUAUAUGUUAUAGCUCUCUCUCUGAUAGUGUUACUGAGAUUCCUGGAAAUACUAAAGAAGAGAGACUCGAUAGCGAUCAAAAACAUGAUUUCUUCGUUGAGGAGCCGGAUGACACGCUGGAAAUUGAGAAUGAGCCCAAUCACACCUCCACACCCAUACCUCCUGAGACUGAGCAUGCUCCCUCUUCGAAUCCUUUAGUUCCGUGGAAACAACCCCGAGUUUUACAAGUUGGACAAACUGUUCGAACUACAGUUACUGUAACGAAGGAUAUGCCAAAUGUGCCAGUUGUACGAUUAGAUAAGGUUGUAAAUCGAGUACUCGAAGUAGGCGGGCGCAAAAUACAUCAGACUGUACCUGCCACUGCCGCUGAGCACAUUGAUGCUACAACACUCACUGUUGGUCAAAUUCACCAACUCCAAAAACAAGGUUUCGUAUUAAAAUCCAUGAACGUAGCGGAAAGAGAUGCGAUAUUUAGUGGUAAAUUAUGA